GUGUCCGACCUUGUCAUUCGGUCACCUGCACUCGGCUUCAUGACUGAAGUGUGAUCACUCGCAAGAAGACACGGUUGCACCAAAAACGUCUACAAACAAAUUCAUCAUGGCAAACAUCAGCAAGGUCCAUGCUCGACAGAUUUUUGACAGUCGUGGAAACCCAACAGUGGAAGUAGAGGUUACCGUUAAUAGUCAGGUAUUCAGGGCAGCUGUACCCAGCGGUGCAUCCACAGGUAUCUACGAGGCUCUGGAGUUGAGAGACAAGGUCAAAACAGAAUACCAUGGGAAAGGUGUCUCCAAGGCUGUAGACAAUGUCAACAACGUUAUUGGUCCAGCCCUGGUUGCGGCAAAACAUGAUGUGAAAGAUCAAUUUGCGGUGGAUAAGUUUCUGAUUGAUUUGGAUGGUACUGAAUCAAAGUCACAAUUUGGAGCUAAUGCUAUCCUUGGUGUAUCAUUGGCUGUGUGUCGAGCUGGAUCUGCUGCAAAGGGAGUUCCUCUGUAUCGCCACAUUGCUGACCUAGCAGGAAACAAGGAAGUGAUCUUACCUGUCCCUGCCCUCAAUGUUAUCAAUGGUGGAUCCCAUGCUGGCAACAAACUAGCCAUGCAGGAGUUUAUGAUUCUUCCUACAGGAGCAAGUUCCUUUAAGGAGGCGAUGAAGAUGGGCUCAGAGACCUAUCACCAUCUAAAGGCUGUUAUCAAAGCCAAGUAUGGACAGGAUGCAUGCAAUGUUGGAGAUGAAGGUGGUUUUGCUCCCAACAUUCUAGAAAAUGAAGAAGGACUGAAUCUACUGACUGAUGCUAUUGAAAAGGCUGGCUAUACUGGCAAGGUCAAAAUUGGCAUGGAUGUAGCUGCCUCUGAGUUUUUCAAGGAUGGCAAAUAUGACCUUGACUUUAAGACCAAGGAUGGUGAUGACAAACUAAAAAUUAGCUCUGAUCAAUUGACAGAUGUGUACAAGGGAUUCAUCAAAGACUUCCCUGUUGUAUCCAUUGAGGAUCCAUUUGACCAAGAUGAUUGGGAAGCAUACACAAAGAUGACUGAAGCUGUUGGUAAAGAAAUCCAAAUUGUUGGUGAUGACUUGCUUGUGACCAACCCAAAGCGUGUCCAGGAUGGCAUCGAUAAGAAGGCCUGUAACGCACUCUUACUCAAGGUCAACCAGAUCGGAAGUGUCAUGGAAUCCAUCAAGGCGUGGGAAAUGUCCAAGAAAGAGGGAUGGGGCGUGAUGGUCUCACAUAGGAGUGGUGAAACAGAAGAUACAUUCAUCGCUGACCUUGUGGUUGGUCUGUGUACAGGACAGAUAAAGACUGGAGCUCCCUGUAGGUCCGAGAGAUUGGCCAAGUAUAACCAGAUUCUUCGCAUAGAGGAGGAACUUGGUGCCAAUGCCAAGUUUGCUGGUGACAAAUUCCGUUACCCAUACUAAAUCAUCAGAAAGACAACAACUGACGUAUAUUUAUUGAUGUUUUGUUAUUGUUUAGAGUGAGAGAAUGUUUAUUGACAGAGAUUCCAUGAUAAAUAAACAUUUUAAUUAUAUAUUUUGUAUCAAUUUGCAUUCCCCUAAGUUCCUGUACAAGCUUUGUAUCCCCUCGUCACUGUUCAAAUUGAUAUGAUGUAUUUAGCAUAGUUGGAAAUUUGGCUGAUAUCCUGGAAAUGCAAACAGCUGAUGUUAUUAACCAUAGUUUUUAUCACAUUUACAAGUUAUUAUGAAGUUAUGUGGGUGUAGAAUAGUCUGUAUCUAUUUAAUUCACUUUAUUAUAGACUGUCUAACUAUGUUAAAGUUAGGUCAUAUUAAGUUGUAUGGGAUGAUUUUCUAGGACAUCAGUCAUGUGGAAAUUGAUGAGUGAUUAGGUUGUUCUUAAAGAAGUGUGUAAUUUUGUAUGACAAACCACACACAGCAGCUUUUGAUGGAGAAUCACCAGAACAUUUGAAGUCCAUUUUGAAGAGGAGACUUGUAGAAGACCUAGUGAACCAUGCAUGGAAACAUUAGAGGCCUUUGUGUGUAGCUUACAACAGAUCUUGGAUGGCUUUGGAUUGAUGAGGUCAUCGGAAAACUUAACGACCUGGAAAUGUGAUAUAAAAAAUCUUGGCUUAACUUUUUAAACUGCGUAAUGUCCUACAAACUCAGGAGACAGCCAGAUUUUGUCUUGAUAAUUAUGAUUGGUGUCAACAUUCUGUUCAUAUAAGACAAAAGAUCUCCGGUGAUGUGAAAUGUACAGCUUAGUUAUGUCUUUUGUAACGCUUUGGAGUCAAGUCAGGUCUGUAUUGUUUCAAUUGAUAAAAAAGUGUAUAAUUAACAGAUUGUUAAGCAUGAGUGUUAAUUGGGAAAAUUAUUUCCUCAUCAAUCUCUCAACAUAACGUAAAAAUACUUACUUUGGUGCAAUCAAAUUUUAGAGUAAUAUCAGUUUUUAACAUAUAAAGACGAGGAAUUCAUAUAAUCACAAUAAUUGCUUUUUUAUUAACAUACAGAAAGCCCAGUACCACUAUGAUAUUUUAGAGCCACUUAAUUAGUGCAAAGAGCGCUAGUAUGAUAUUUCUUCUCAAAUAAAUGUUUGCCGGAGCCGAUUCUAUCUCUACUGCUAAAUUAUAGCUGUUUUUCAUACAAUAAUUUAAACUUAGACUUUUUUUUUUCGUUUUAAAUUUUAACGAGUAAAUCACUUUGGACAUAGCCCUCCAGUUUCUCUGCAUCUAGCCUUCCAGAAAGAUGAAUAGUAAUGAACGUUGGUGGUUUAUUUAUUUGCUAGCAGAUGUUGUCAUUAUUAUAAUUUGAUUAUAAUGUCCAAUUUUUUAGAAAGGAGAUCCCUGACUUACAUAUUUGUUAUUUUGACCAAUGUUAUGUGGUGUUCUCAGACAUCAAAUAAAAGCACAACUUCUGAAGGAUUUAAAAACAUGCUAGUUAAUUUGUUUACAGUCCAACUUCACUAUCUCAAACUCUGAUAACUCGAGGUCUCCGUUUAAUUCAGUGUUUCUCUGGUCCUGAUAAAAUAAUCGCUCUAUCUUAGUGAUGGUAAACUCAAAUACAUAACCCCAAAGUUUUCAGGAUCAUGUCGGCUUCAAGAUAACAAAGUUGGUCUAUGAACAAAUUAAUUUAGACAUAAUUGAUUCAUAUUAUGAUAGUAGUUUGUGGUAUUUAAAUUUUGUCUCAACAUUGUAUCUAAAUUUGUUUACGCCCUGUUUGAGGAUACUGUGUGUGGAUAGGUGUUUGCAGUGUUUUAGGUGUAUGCUGUGCGAGGAUUGAUUUAUACUUUUUGUUUUAGCUAAGGACUCGGUCCUGGCUCUACCAGCAGGUAAUAGUGCUAAUCACUUAACAGUUAAAUAAUGUAUGAGAGUUUUCAGGGUCAUGUUACAAUAUUGAAAGUGAACCAUUUCUGUAAUUAUCAUUUUUAACAUGUAUAUCAGUGGUUAAGAUAUUCCUCAUUAAUUGUUUCUGUUACUGUUUUGGGUUAGUAAGGGUCAAGUUGGAAAGCAAAAGAUCCUGGCUUGCAUUAGAGGAACAAAGUGUCUCAGCCCUUAGGAUAAAAUUUGUUAUCCAUACUUCUUCUGUGUGUUAACUGAAGUCUAUUUCAAUCCCUUCCAGUGUGUUAGAUAUUUAAACUGUUAUCUGUUGAAAAUCUAUUAAUUGCGAUGUGUAAACAGUAAUUUUAUAGUUACCAAGUCUGUCUCUAUCAACAUCUGCUCUUCAAGCCAAUUCAUCAUGAUUGUUUGUGUUAAAUAUUGUUUCAUUUUAAGAGUUAAUCCAGUAAAACAUCUUUCCUAACCCAGAGUUUUGCAUAGGGGUACAAGUACUUCUUAUAAAGUUAGAUUGAUACUUAACUUUUAAGUAAUAGGCAAGAAGUAGAACCAUGGAUAUUUGUUUUGGAAUCAAUGGGUCAAAUACCUUGGUAAAUGUUUUGCUGGAAUUGCUUUAUGAGUGUGAUGAAGUGUUUUGUCUAUGGAAGAAUCUUUCACUAACUCCAGCAAAUAUAAUUCUGCUGAAAACAUGUAUGUGAGAAGUUUUUUUAUAAUAUUGUUUAGUAUUUGAUCUGACUUUUAGUAAAUGAAAACUUACAGACUAACUGUACUACUAGUGCAGAAAAAUUGCUACCUAUUGUUCAUGUAGUUGUAUUUGUUGUGCAAUUGAGUAAACUUGAGUAGCUAUGAUUGUUACAUAGGGGAGCGCCUCAUGCAAGACUUUUAGAUGUCUGUUGCGGAACAGUUUUUUAUGCACUGCAUGUAACACAAUAAGGGAUGGAUUCCCCAGCUCGAAAGACAAAAUAAAAUCAGUGCAGAAGGGAAAAUUUUCUGACAUGUCAAGAAAUUUCAUAAUGUGACCUUAUUUUAGUCUUGCAAGAGUAAAUAUGAUGCAGGAAAGAAAAGAAAAUUUAUCAUUUUACUUAAACCAUAACAUCAUAGACUACUAGAUUUUAUGAAGGUCAUGUGACACUCUUCUACUGAUGAAAUAAGACUAUUUGUUAGGUCUUGUUUGAUUUGCUUGCAUCAAAUGUUGUGUGUGAGAUGAGUAUUUUAAGAGCUUGUUUGUUAAGUCUCGUUUGAUAUGCUUGUGUUGUAUGUUAUUUGUGAGAUGAGUAUGCUUAGAGAUGAGUAUCCUUAGAAAUGGGAAGUUAUGUCUGUAGUUACAUCUGCCUGGUGGUAGAAAGAGCAUUUUUUCAUUCUUAAAAGCAUAAUAUUUUGACUCCAUAUACUGAUUUUGUUCUAACAGAUGUUGUUUUCUCCAAUCAAUGGUUCCAGAAUAUUAUCCUGGAUACAACAGUUAGGGCUAUCCCAGUAAAACACAUGUCCCACCCCAGGACUACAGGUUUUGGUUUAGGACUAUUCCAGUAAAACAUCAGUCCCUUUUAGAACUAGGUUCUCAGUGUAAAUAUUUGUGAUAAAGUGACUCUGUUGCUCAUAUGAUACUAAAAUCAAGUAUUCAACAUCUGUUAGAACGAGGUUCUCAGUGUAGACGACCUGUAAAUAUUUGUAAAAAAGUUAACCUGGUUAAUCAAUGUUGGUGCCAUUUUCCUCACAGGAAUUCGAUACAUUUAUUGUAAAUAGAUUAGUACACACAAUGUUUUGUGAGAAAUGUUUCUUGACUCUGUGGUUUUAUUUGGUGUUGAGAUUAAAUGUUGUAGUUAGGAGCAGGAGUGCUAUGGGUAUAUCUUUGAAUCUCGUUACAUAUUAAAACAGAAAUCUGGUCAUAUGAUCUGGGUGUGAAGUUAUUGUAGCAUUAUCUUUUUCGUUUUUGUAUUUUGAAUUAACAUUUGAAAGUUUUCCAUGAAGACAAAGUUAAGGAACAGAAUACUUGACUCCAGAGUGUUACUAUUAGUCAUUGAAUUGCUGAUGAAAUGCUUGUUUUGAAAGACAUAAAAAAUUUCAUGCCA